AAGAGAGCCCCCCCCCCCCCCCCCCCAAAAAAAAACCCUAACUAAUGCAACCUUUGACACCAAAUCUAUCUGGAGUUUAACAUCAAGAACCUCACCAUCUCUCAAUUUUCAUUGCACUGAGUGUCAGCAAACAAUUUCAGCACAGAGCGAACAAGUCAUGGAAAAGAAGCCUUGCAAUGAUGGUUUAGCAGAAGUUUCAAGAUCAGUGAGAGAUCUUCGACCAGCUCACUACCUAUUCAAAAUUGAGUCCUUCUCAAUACUUUUAGAAGAAAAAAUUGAAAAAUACGAGUCAGAUGAUUUUCAAGCUGGUGGUUAUAAGUGGGAAUUGUGCCUCUAUCCAAAUGGAAACAAUAAAGGAAACGGGAAAGAUCACAUCUCGCUCUACCUGGUUAUAAAGGAUACAGACAAUCUUCCUCAUGGUUGGGAGGUUAAUGUCCAGUUCAAAUUAUUUGUCUUUGAUCACAUACGGGACAAGUAUCUAACCAUCCAAGAUGCAGAAGGAAAAAUAAGGCGCUUUCACAGGAUGAAAACUGAAUGGGGUUUUGCUCAAUUACUUUCUCUAGACACUUUCAACGACACAUCAAAUGGGUACCUCCUUGAGGACUCUUGUAUAUUUGGAGCAGAGGUUUUUGUCAUCGAAUAUGCUGGCAAAGGAGAGUGUAUGUCCAUGAUAAAAGUACCUAAGAACAAUACUUUUACUUGGAAGGUUGAUAAUUUUUCAACAAUUACUGAUAUUUUUCUCUGCUCUGAUGAGUUUAAAGUCGGGGAGCGAAAGUGGAAGCUAGAGCUCUAUCCCAGAGGAAAUGCAAAACCAGAAGGUGAAAGUCUAUCUCUGUUUCUAGCCGUGGCUGAUUAUGAAGCACUUCCUCUUAAUUGGAAAGUUUAUGCAAAAUUCAAGCUGCGGAUAAAGGACCAAAUUAACGGUAGCCACAUCGAAAAAAUAACUCAAUGCUGGUUCUGUGCCUCGACUCGUGAUUGGGGAUUCUUUAGCUUCGAGAAAUUGUGUAAUAUAAAUGACAGAGGGAGUAGUUUCAUAAUGAAGGAUACUUUAAUUGUUGAAGUUGAAAUUAUGGUCAUGUCUGCAGUUAAGAAUUUCCCGUAACUUAUUAUGGGAAUAAACUGUGCGCGUUAACCAUAUGCCGUCUUAAGUAAUCAUCAGUUGGUGGAUCUUGUUUUGCAAUGACUCUAGGCCUGAGUUUCUGAAAGUCUGAAGAUUUUAGGUAAAAUUUUACUUUGCGACUUUACACUUUCCAUCCAUUCUCACUUUACUCCUGACCUUUUUAUUGUCCCGGUCAACUCCCUAGGCUUUCCAUCCAAUCUCACUCCCAAGAUUUAAGUCCCUCCUCUUUACUCUUUAUCACUCAUACUUUUAUCAAAAUUUCACUUUGGUGCUUCCGUUAGUUUUCAAAACAGAGUUAUUAGACCGAGUCCAAUUGCAACUUGAUUUAAAAUUCAGGGAUUGAUUGAAAGAAUUAAUAGGACAGGAGGCAAAGUGAGAUUUGAUGUAAAGUACAUGGGCACAAAGUGAAAAUUUUCCAAGAUUUUAUUUGAAUUAUUUUUCUUAGAAGUGUUUUGGAAUUCUAAGCUACAAGUCCAAGAAUAAUGAUAUUGUUGGGAUUCUCUAAUCCUUGUUGGGUGCACUUAAGCAUACCAUGGAAAUGAAUCUAUUAUGCUAACCAUAAAGGAAGAAGAAGUGAAAAAAAUCUGCCCUGGCAUUUGUAAUGAAAUGGCAGCAUCUGACUGGCUACAGGAAGGGAAGCUGUUUUACAAUUAGUUUUUUCUGUUAUGUUAGUUAGACAGACAGGCUGUGCAGAACAGGGUUGAACAGAGCACAUUUCAGAGGGAAAAAUUGGAUAGGAAUUGGUUGUAUAAAAGGGACUAUAGAGAGGGGAAAGAAUUUGUUAUCUUAAAACUGGACUUAUAAUCUUCUCGUUUGCGUGUUGAAUAACACCGCUUUACAGAGAGGUCUUUCAUGCUCUGUUUUCUGUAAAUUCAUUUCUUCCUCAGGUGUUUUUCCUUUCAUACUCUUUUUAUUUUUAAU